GGCUGGCAACUUCUCCCGAAAAAUGGUGGCGGGAGUGGUCCUAAAAUUUAAACAAUCUUGGCGGCAAAAUGUUUCGCUAGCGCCUCGCUCUUCUUGCUUCCCCAAAAGCGUGUGUGGGUGUGGGGAACAGAAAACGAAGAGAGUAGAGGUAGGGAUGAAGCGGCAGCAGCACCGGAAGAACUAUCCGAGCGGGAUCCGGUCUGCCGGUGGGCAGACCACGCUCCAAUCCUUCCUCGUCAAGCCCAGGGUUGUCGAUGAUGACGUGAAACCCUCGCCGCUGCCCCCGCCGGAGGUCGGGGAGGAGGAGGCGCAGAUCUGCCCGCCAGAGCCACCGAAGCGGGAGAUCGUCCGAGUCAUCAGGACGACCAUCAAGGAGAAGGCGAGCGCGUUCUCGUCGGUGGGGUCCGCGGGGAAGGACGGGGGCGGCGAGGCCGGCGGCGCUCUGAGCGCGGCGGUGUUCAAGCGGUUUCACAGUUCAGCCCCGGUGGCGAGAGCGGAAGGCGACCGCGCGGAGGCAGGGGAAGACGGCGAGCGCGACUUCGGCGGCGGAGGCGACGUCCGGCUGGACGUCGAGGAGAUCGGGGCAGCGAGCCGCCCCGAGCCCAGGAAUAAGCGGAAGAGCCCCCUCGGCGGCGACGAGCACGGGGGCGACGCCAAGGCCAGGCGCGUGGUGGUGCUCGGCGACGACCCGAGGCCACGGCCGGCGUGGAGGCGGGGGCGCGCCAGGCCCACCCGCGGCGGCGGCGAGGGCGGCCGCGCCCUGUACAACCACUACGCGAGCGGCGGAGGUUGGUGGCACGGCGACAUGGAGGGCGUGGACGGCGAGGAGGUCGGCUGGACCGACGACAUGUGGGAGGGUAUGGGCUCCGUCACGCUCGGCGGCUUGGAGUGGCACUAGCCGCCGCACGGAGCAGCAGCAGAACCGCCCGUUGCCGCCGUGGCACCCAGCAGAUGUCCAGGGAUCAAAAUGUACGGGGACCCAAAUGUAUGACCCUGCUUGAAACUAGGAACUUCACGGAAAACAGUUUGAUUCCACCUGGAAUCAGGUGAAUUCUUGUGUACCAAACUGGACCAAAAUGCUCUUGACAUGAACAUGUUGGGAUGUCAUGUAGUUCUUAUAUGAGAAUGAUCAAGUACCUAAGCUUCGUCUAA